AUGGACCAUCAAACAGAGCCCAAUUCACUCUCCCAUUCACCACGGAACUCACAGGUGUUGUUACCCGCAAACCCGGCCGAUUCAAUCCAACCUGUCGCAUUCGCCUUCGAGAAUAAUGCGGUGCAGGACCAGAUAACCAAAGAUAUCGACGAGGUCACAAAUAACAUCCGUGUUUCUCCAAGCUGGGACAAAAACACAUCCCGCAAAGAGAAGCGAGCCACGCGACGCCUGGAAGCAGAAAGACAAGAGCUCGAAAAAAGGCUGCUACACCUAGACGAAGCCCAAGCCCGACUGGAUAGUGGCGUCUACGACAGAAAUUCGCGCCGCUUGACAAAGAAGCAGCCGUCCAGCAGGUCUUCUAGUGUCAGUGCUGCUCAGACGCGGUCGUCGAGUGGGCCUUUUUCAUCUCUCUUCUCGAAUUUCAGACGGAGCUCACGAUCUCGGUCAAACUCUGUGAAUGGAGGCGACCGGAGCUUGGCUAGGCACCUGUCUGCCGAUGUUUCCUCUGAAAUGCCUUCGGGGCCGCCAUAUUUGGCGUUGACGUUGCCGGAACGCUUUGGAGCAGCCAUAACCAGAGAGCUGGAGUCCAGACAGAGCUCUUUUAUGAUGAAUCAAGCACCUUCUAGCCAUUGCCAGCGCACUCUUCAUACGAUUACCAAAGUAGAUGAUCUCCGGGAAAAUUGGAAGGCGGCGCAGGCCUGGCAGAGUAGGAAUGUCAGCGUACAUGAAGCGAGCAGAGAGGUAUCUGGGAAAGGCAAUGAUGAUAAAGACGCUUCUGGUCAUCCCAGCCAGAACCGUGGAGCUUCCCCAGUGACAAAGCUUGCGGCAAAUCUUGACAGUGAAUUGUCUGUUGCUGCUCUCAGGCAUGAGAGGCGUGCUCCUGGAGUUGGCUUCAUGGAUUCCUCUAUUCCAUCUGAAACGAGUUCCUCUCGAGCUUCGUUACAACCUUCGACAAAAACAGCACAAGUUAAUUCUUCCCAGGAUGUGCAUCUGGAGCCGGGACCUAGCUCCAAGGUCACGACGCCUCAGCAGUUUUAUAAACGUGGAUCUUCUGAAAGCGAGAAAAGUUCACUUGCAGAGAAUGCUCUCUCAUCUUCAAAUUCUGUGAAUGGCAACCACGUUUCUCACCGAGGCCAGAUAGAAGCAGGCCCGCACGGCUACCAAAGGAUAUACAAAUCGUCCCCCCUUGCGGCCAGUCCUACGACCACAGAGAACAUCGAUCGAAAUGAGACUGCGACUAAAAGAGUCUCAGUGGUGCAAAAACAGUCGCCUCGCUUCUCCACGUCCUUUCAAAACGAGGAAUACCGAGGAAGAAGUCCGCGUCCGGUGUCAUCAAAUCACACAUACGAGACUUCAAGUCAGACAGAAGCCAUACAGAAUGAAAUCGGGCACCCACCACCUCAGUUACCUAUAAAAAACAGCAGGAGGCAGCACAACUAUUGGCACCAGAGGGACUCCUCAUUUGAUCAUCUGCAACAGCAUAGAGAUGGGACAACACCGAGAUCGUCAAAUCAAAUAAAGGCCAAUGCCUCGGAAAUUCCAAAAAUCUGGGUGAACGGCGAGGGCAAGAGCAAAGUUCCUGGCAGCAUGACGAAUGGAACACCAAGGCGUCGCACAGCAAACGAAAAUUCCUGGGAGGAAUCAUUUCGAAGGGACCAUCAUGGACCAAACAAGACACGCAGCCGUUCAUCAUCCCUGAAUUCGUCUCGCUCCGAUUACGAUACUGCCGACGAAGAAGCCCCGGAUUCGUCCAAAUCAGAUCCUCGCGCUGUGCAGACCCGGGCUCCUGACACCCAGUCACAAAGUCCUGCUCCCGGUACUUCUAUGGCGAAUGGACACCCGGUCAUUCAGCAUAGCGGCCUGCUCUCUCCACGAAAUGGCCCCGCGAAUGUACUGCGGCGAGAGUCCAUCCAGAAGCUGAAAGCUCAACAAAAGGGUCAAGUUGUUGCCAAGGUCUUUGUAAUUUGUUGCAAAUGUCGAUAUUGGCACGACAUGCCGUCCGAGGUCUAUUCCAAGCUAGCUUGUCCGGACCGGCUGCUCACUGGGUCUCGGUCUGGCCACUUCAGUCGCAGAACAGAGCCGUCAGUGUCUCCUAGUCACACGAAGCUACCAGUAUCUAGAAAAGUUCAGCCGUUUAGUGACCUGCCCGGUUCACCGGCUCCGCCAUUGCGCUCAUCACCUCUCUCCGAGCCUUCUGGUUUGCAAUGCUGCUGGUGUGGGCAUACCAUGGGUAAAAAGUGCUGUCAAGGCUGGACCACAAUUGUGCAAAUGCAUGAGAGACAUCAUUGA